UUUUGGCCCUGCUACGUCAUAGUGACGUGUGCACAAACGUGAAGUCUAGAGACGGCGACGUCAUAGAUAUGGUGGACUGCUGUAGCGUAAGGAGCGGCAUGACAACUGUGAGAAACUUACGAGCCGAAGAGACAGUUUUACGACACCAUUGAAGCAUUACACUGAUGGACAACAGAAGACGUCAUGAUGAAAGAUAUUGAUUCAAGAGAAAGGGUUCAAGAUGACACAUGGUUUAAAGGGGCACAAAAUGAUGAAGAGGAGGAUGAGGAGGAGCCAAGCCCUAUUAGAUCCAGUUUCUCCGUCGAGGACCUGCUCGAUGAGGUGGAGAAGAUCAGCAGUGUCGCCAGUAGCGGCAAAAAGGUGGAGAUUGUAGUAAGACUGUGGAAAAAUGGCUUCACUGUAAACGAUGAAGAUUUGCGCAGUUACACCCUAGAGGAAAACCAAGAGUUCUUGGAGGCCAUUAAAAGAGGUGAGCUGCCUCUGGAGCUAGAAGGAAGAGCCGAGGAUGAAGAACUAGAAGUCAACAUGGAGGACAUGAAAGAUGAAGUUUACGUCCCAAAGAAAAAGACCUUCCACCCGUUUACAGGCCGAGGUUACAGACUGGGAAGUGUGGCCCCGCGUGUGGUGGCAAGGUCUCGGUCGAUACACGAAGACUGUUCUGGUCCUCCUCUCCCGGCUGUGGAGCUGAAUGAGGAUCUUCCCAUGACCUCCCUCCAGAUUUGGCUGGCAGACGGUCAACGGCUUGUGCAGAGGUUUAAUCUGAGCCAUCGGAUCAGUGAUGUGCAGCAUUUUGUGGAGCAGGCUCAGACAACGGACGCUCAGUUCAUCCUGACUACAUCCCUGCCAUUCCGAGAGCUGAGAGAUGAGAGUCAGAGUUUGGAAGAAGCUGACUUAGCGAAUGCUGUCAUCGUUCAGAGGCCUCUCAACACACAAGCUCCUUUCGGUCACUCCUGACUGUUUUUGUUUGCACCAGAGACUCUGAUCUUUUGGUCCCACCCAUGUUUGGGGAACAUUUCAUAAAUCCAUCUCUUUUAAAACCAUAAAAGCCUGUGUUUUUGUCUGAUUCUGAAUAUAUGGGUCCUUUGGACAUCAUUAUGACUGUAUAAAUGGACACUCAACACAAAUAGCUUUAAAGGAAUAGUUCACCCAAAAAUGAAAAUCUGACUGGAAAUGGUUGUUGAGUGGGUAAUUAAUAAAUAAUAAGUGAUGACAAAAUUUUCUUAUUUAGGUGAAUAAUUCCUUUAACACUUAUAUUUUGUUUUUAAUUUUCCCAUCAUGUUCUUUCAUAACUGGAAGUUUUAGCCUUUUCUGAUGCAAUGCAGUAUGCACAAGCCAAGUCUUUAACCUUCACGAUUAUACAUGUUUACACAUAGAUCAAUGAAGAAGUCAGAUCAUGGAUGCUUAAUGGAGUUGUGUUCGACCAUCUGUGCUGGUAUGUCUUAUAAUGUACUGUUAAGUUAUAAAUGUCAAAUGUUUUAUGCACUUUGCCUAAGACAGAGGCUCUGUUAGAAAGACCUCUGCUUGCAAUAAACCUACUGAUGAUA